CCCCUCUUCACGUAAAACCUACAUGCCUUCAGCAUGGCAGGUUAUGUGUUGUAAUACAAAUCUGCUGCUGAGCCAUGAGAUUGAACACCAGAGAAUUGGCGAUACCUCCGGUCAGAUGUGGUCAACAGCUUGGUGCGAGCAAUCCUCUCGUUAUCACCGCGUUAGUUGUUACGCCUUGACGGGGCAUCAUCCUCCCGACCUGUCCUGCAUCACCUGUCCCUUUGAGCCAAGCACACGCGCCUCUCAGCUCCUCCUCAGCGGGUCCUCGCUCGACUUGAAAAUGAGGUCGCCGCAAUAUUAUUUCAAGGUUAUUUCCUUUUCUUUAAGGCCUUUAUAUUCAGAUCCUAUGGGAGUUCUUAUUUUCACGGCGUUGCUUUGGACCUUCAGUGGAGUGGGAUGCCUUCCUCUAUCCUCCUCUCUACCGGUUGGAAAGGUUGCUGACUGUAUUCAGGAUUCUCUGAAGAGUAACAGCGGUGUGCCACAUUCUGGCUGUGACAAACGGAGAACAGAUGAUGCUGUCAACAGGCACCAGGGUCUCCUGAGAGAGCUGCAGGAUCUAGCCCAGGAGGGUCAGUCUGACUACGAGAGGGAAAAAGAGAGAGAGUAUGGGAGGGAGAACGAGCGAUAUGAGGAGAACCAGGCUGAGGGAGAGAGGGACAGAGAGGGGAGGAAGGAGGAGCAGAAUAAUGACAAGAAGGAGACUGAGAAAGAAGAGCUGAGAGAGAAAGAGACGCAGGCAGAUGGGGUAGAGGAGGAGGAGAAGGUGGAGAUGAAGGACAGAACAAAUGAGGAGAUAAGGGAAGAGCCCAGACUGGAGGAGAAAAGGGGGGAUGAGGAAGAGAGCGCCAAAGAGUUGGAGGAGCUCCUCGCAAAGGAGAUAAGGAAGAUAGGAGAGGAGGAAAAAGAGGACAGGGAGCUUGAGGAGCUGCUCAAAGAGCUGAAGAAGAAAAGGUACGAGUCUGUGAAGGAGAAAGAGCUCCAGAGAGGGUCAGAAGCAGAGGAGGAGAGGAAGAAGGAUGAGGAGGAGGAGCAGAAAAAGGGAGAGAAAGAGCAGCUAGAUAUUCUUGAGAAGGAAGAGAGGAAACGCAGCGAGGAGAGGAAGAACAAUGAGGUGGAGCUGCUGGUGGAGAAAGGGAAGGUGGAGCGGGAGCUCAAGGAGCUGCUGGAGGAACAGGACAGCAUGAAGAAUGUGGAGAAGGAGAAAGAGAGGGAGGAAAAACAGGAGGAACUGGAGGAGCUCCUCAAAAAGAUGAAACGUGUGCAAGAGGAGGAGGAGCGAGAAGAGGAGGAGAGGAAGAGAGGGAAUGCCGGGGAUGAGGUGAAAGUGGACAAAGAGAGCCAGAAGGAGGGAGAGAUUCACAAGGAAUUAGAGAAGGUGAAAGAAAGAGAGAGUGAGAAGGAGGUUAAGGAGCCUCAGCAGAAGAGAGUAAUGGAGAAAGCGAGUGAUGAGUCGACCCGUCAGUUUGAAAAGGAGAGGAACAGGGACGAUGAUGAUGACGACGAUGAUGAAGAAGCAGAUGAGGAAGAUGAUGAUGAAAACAAUGAGGAUUGGGAAGAGGAAGAGGAGGACAAAAAGGAGGAUGUUGAGGAGGAUGAAGGAGCGGAGCUUUUGGAGAUUGAGGCAGAGCUGCGAAAAGUGGCUGCAGAGCUUCGGGAGCUUCACAGGAGUCGUUAAGUUCUAAAUUACACACACACACACACACACACACACACACACACACACACACACACACACACACACACACACACACACACACACACACACACUGAAAGACAAACAA